AUUCCCCUACUCAUUAUCCAACCUUUCACUUUGUGAGCUCUUGAACAACUCAUUAAUCUACUAGUAAUAUCUUGCUGAUUCUAGAAGAACCUAUACCCGUCAUAUUAAUUUUCGGGCCUCGUCGCUCGCGCGCAAGCACCCCAAACGGCCUACAAACAAAAUCUCUCCCUCACAAAACUAAACAAAAACCCACUUCUCCGAUACACGCAUAACCCCGAUACCCAGCCCCCAAGCUCCCACAGCAACACCAACCCCAAGAUGUCUCUCCCAACAAUAGAAACCCAAUUCCGGGUCUCCAGCGACGCCGCGCAGAGCUUCGUAGACACCUACUACGAAGCACGCACACGCCGACGUCCCCUGACCAACUUCUACGCCUCGACCUCCGCGCGUCUCACCAACGCCUCCGUCAAACCCGACAUCAGCAUAAACGGGCUCCCGGUGCCGGAUGUCGCCGCGUACGAGGUGCUGCUCGAGAACCAGGGCGGGCCCGUGGUCUACGAGAUCUCGUCGUUCGACGCGCUGCCUGUGACCCCGCAUUAUAGGCUCGGCGAGCCGGAGGCUGCGGGCGCGGAGUAUAGUGCCCGUGACGCUACGGCGGGUGUGAGGAAUGGGGAUCGUAUGAGCUUUAUGAUUCAGGUAAGCGGUAUCAUCCGCUAUACCCACGAACACACGGCCCCGGCCACGGCGGCGGGGGGCCCGGGGGAAGCCAAGAGCACACCUCCGGCUCUGGGUGAAGCGGCUAGCGCUACGGCCAACACGCCCUUUGCCGUUGGCAGCACGCCGAAACCGGCUGAGGAAGCUGAGCUGCCGGAGCAGGCCUUCAAUGAGGCGUUUAUAUUGGUGCCGCAUUGGGAGGCCUGGGGACGCAACCCGCCGCGGAAUUUGCGGAAGUGGGUUAUUGUUAGUCAGAACUUUCGUACGCUAUGAUGGGGUAUGAAGUGAGUUUUAUGGGAUGGGGUGGAGAGGGGGGUUGGAGGAAUGAUGACCCUUGAACUCGCCAUAAGGUAUUCGACAUCUUAACUCAUGAAGUAAUGGGUUGAAGCAUGAGACGUAGGAUCACUUCGAACAAGGCCGUCUAUUGUAAGAUCCGAAUACUUCUCACAUAGCUAAGGCUACAUUUAUCCCAGUCAAAGAACAAGACUUGUGGACAGGGAAAUAUACAUUCUGAACAAUCAAAAAUAACUGUAUUGCCUUGAAACUGGAU